AUGAAAAAAUAAAGAGUAUAACAAUAAUCAAGGUUUCCUGUAACAAAAAGACCUUUAUAAUAAUUUGAUUUGGAAACUGAAGAAUAAAUAGAAUAGAGAUUCAAUGAAUUCUUGAAUGAAGCACAAAAUGAAACAAUAAAAUUAGUAACAGUUGAGAAGGGUAAAUAGAGAAGAUUGGCAUUUAAUCAAUACAAAAAGAAAACUAUUAAGGACAGUCAAAUGGUUGAGUAAUCUUCUUAUGAUGGAGAAAAUCAAUCUCGAGCCGAUGAAAUUAUAGAAUUAGAACCAAAACCAGAGAAGGAGAUUAAUCAAAAAAAUGAAGAAUUUUACAAAUUUUUUGUUGAUCGAUACUUCCAUAAACAAGAAGUGAAAUAAUAAGCAUCUACACAAACUUUAACAAAUGAUGUAAACUUUUUAGUCAAUAGAUAUGGAGAUGUAUUCUUAAUAAUGUAAUUUAGUUUUUACAAAAUUCACUCAUGUCUAGUUUAAUAAUUGAUACCUUAAAACACAAAUUUUAGAAUCAAGUACCUACGUAUGAUCAUUUUGGUACUGCCUAAAAGAUUUUGCAAUCUUUUAAUGUCUCAGCUGUUACUUUGUGUAAUAUGAAAACUGCAGAGGAAAGACAAGCAUACCUGUUAAAUAGUUUCUAAAGCAAAUGUGAUUCAUUGAUGAGUGAAUGGGUUCUCAAAAUUGCGAAGAAGGAUAAAUAACUCUAAUCGAUUGACAAGUAAUUUACACUCACGAUAAUGAAAAAUCGUAAAUAACAAAAUGAUUUAUUUAAAUGGCUGACCUUAAAAAGCAAAUAUUAGGUCCUCUAAAAGAAAUUAAGAGAAAUGCUUAUGGAAAAAAUAAAUGAAUAUGAAAAUCAAAUUAAAAUUGCAGAAGCUAUUAGCAAAAAUAAAAAGGUAAACCUAAAAGGUAUAGAAACCAUUUAAACUUCGUAAAUUGUUAAAAAUAAUAAUUUCUAUUCACAAAGCAACCAAGAUUUAUUAUAGUGGAAUCCAAUAUUGGAAGCUAAAUUUUAAAAGGAAAGAUUAAAAGCUUAAUACACUUACAACUCAGCAAUCAAUUCUAGUAAUUUCAAUCAAGUAGCCUUUAUGCAAAUAUUUGAUCAAGUCAAAAUCGAUGAUCCUGUAUAUUUAUAAAGGGAAGUCAAAAUGUAAAAAUAUAUGAAUGGAGACUGGUUAACACCACAGGAAAUGAAAUUUCUAGCAAAUACAUCAGAAUUACUAAAUAAAUGUGUUGAUUAAAAGUAAGUCAAGAAAGUAGUGAUGCACAUCAAAGAAAAACAAAUCUAUGACUUAGAAAAUUACUUAGCUUAACAGAUUAUUUAGAAUCACUAGUCACUCAAUUGCUAAAUUCAAUAAGCUAGAUCAUUUUGGUUAAAGGAAUAAAUAACAAAAAGAAAAGCUCAAAUCAAACAACAUGACAAAUAACUCUAAGAAUAAAUGUAACAUAACAAAUAAGUAAAAGAUCACGACAGAAAAGUCAAGAAACUUCAAAGAAUUUGCAAAAAGUUAGAAGAGAAUAUAUCCAUAAAAGAUUAAGUAUAUAGAAACUUUUUCGCUCUGAUUUUUGUCAGAAAGAUAAUAUAGAAAGUAGAGUAUCUCAGAUUUAUUAAAUUGGAAAAAAGUAAUAUAUUUGCAAAGGAAACACUAGCCGAAUAGGAAAAAUUGAGACUUCAUAAGGAAAGAUUAAAAGCGCUCUCAUUGCCAUACAACCAUGAAGAAGAUAAACGUAGAAGAUACCAUCCAUCUUCUAAAGUAGGAUUUGUUCCUACUCAUGGGAUGACUGCAGACGAUUGGGAAAGUGCUGAAGGUCAAAGAUUAGCUGAAAGAAUUAAGAUACAAAGGCAAAAAGAAAAUGAAUACAGAUUAGGAGUAUUAUCAAUCGAUAGGAAUAAAAAAGAAAACUUCUAAAAGUUUUACUCAUCAGGCCCGAAUAAGGCUUUAAGGCAAGAUCCAAUUUUCGAUCCUUUAAAUCCUAAUGAACCUCCUAAACUGAGUGAAAAAGAAUUAAGCUCAAUCAUUAUGAUUUAAAGAGCAAUCAGAAAAAGAAUUGCUUACAAAAAAUUAAAAAAUUAUAAGGAAUUAUUUUUUCAAAACAAACUUCGAAUUUACUCAGAAAAAUUAACAAGAUUGAAUUCAGAAAAGGAGUUCUAAACAAAUGUCAAAGAAAUGACAAUUUAAUUAAUUAACAAACCUCAAAUCAGAAUUAAAACUUCAAGUAAUAGAGUAAAAUCAGAAAUUUCCUUAACAAAGUCUAUGAGAACAAAAUUAAAAACUGAGGAGACUGCAGAACCAUCUUCAAUUGGAUUUGGGAGAUAAGGUAGAUUAGUAACUACAUAAAAUUUAUCAAAGGUCAAGGUUCUUCUUGUUAAACAUGAAAGACUUCUUAGAUAUUCUAAAUUGAAUUAACCAAAUCAUAUCCUAAAAUCAGGGUUCUAUUAUACACAAGAUGACAUAGAUGUUAUGGAUCAAGAUGGAAAUACAGCUCUGUAUUAUGCUUCUAUGCAUGGAAACAAUAUUUUAAUUGAUUUUAUGUUAAAACAUGGGGCUAAUCCUAAUGUAUUAUGCAGCGAUGGGACACCGAUGCACAUGGCGAUCAAAUCAAAUAAAAUAGAUGUAAUAUAAUUAAUUUCCCUUAGGUGAUAUACUUGUUGUUAAACAAUGGCGGGAGCCUUAAUAUUGUGAACCAACACAAUUUCACUCCUUUGAUUUAUGCAACUGACAAAAUAUUAAAAUAAUUAGGUAUGAAAUAAAAAGGAAUUGUUUCUGUUUCCAAACAAUUUACAGAAGUAAAAAAUGAUGAAAUACUUGUAUCUAAAGACAUGGCUUCUUAAUGUGAUUGA